AUGGCCACCGCCGUCGAGCCCGCCCCGUACACCGGCCCCUCCCCCCGCGAGAUGAUCGAAUCCCACACCCUCGCCCGGGAGAUCAUCGACCGCAACAACGACCCCUGCCCGAUCCUCGACUCGGACGAGCUGGCCCUGCUCUCCCAGUUCGUUGCCGAGCCGUCGCGGGGGGCCGCCCUCCUCGAGGCCCGCGGCCUGGCCGGCGAGCCUGCCAACUCCGGCAGCCUCGUGACCUACGUCAUCUCCCUGCACGGCACAGAAAAGGCUGCCCUCACGGAGGAGGAGAUCAAAACGCUCAAGGAAUGGUUCAAGAACGGCCAGAAGGCUUAG